AUGUUCUCGGCAGUUUUGCUGGCGCUUAGUUUCGGUCUGAGGAAGGAAGACAUGGCUUUUGAGAAUCAGCUAAUUCCAAAUCCUACUACAAAGAAAUAUAUUGGCUUGAAAGUAAUUAGGAUGUCAAAAUGUCAGCCAAAGCAAAAUAUUGGGCUGCAAGGAUCAGAGAAAGUAGUUAAGCAGGAUUCUGGACAUUCGCAAAAGUCUAUUGCUAAGAUUGGGCAGUCAAGUUCAUCACUUCCCAAACCACGCAAGGAAAUCAAUAGGGCCAUCCCCACUUCAACGGCUGCAGCAAAGAGGUCUUCUUUGGGUAGUGGUGUCAAAACUGAAAAUGGAGGCACAAAUCUCAAUACUAGUAACAAUAUUCUGACAUUGAUUAAUUCAGUAGACGAUCAACAAUUUAUUUCCAUCUGUAACAUUCUUACCUUGAAAUUGAUAGUUGCCAUUAAAGGGACUCUAGCAUCAAAGUUACCUGUCUUAAGAGGUACAAGAAAGGUACUGCAUCGUCUUCCAAGUCCUCUUCUUCAGGUUCUUCAACUACAAGCAGAGAUGCAGUCUAAAAGAUCCACUUCGAGCAACAGUACUGCAUCAUCUUAA